AUCUGCUUCGCCCCUGCUUUGGCCACUCAUUCGGCGAAAAUUAAUGGUGGUGUUCGGUUCUACGUCGCGCAAGGCACAGUCUCUAGAGUCUCGCAGAGCUAAGAAUACAUCUCAGAAAAUCGGCAACCAAUAUCCAAGUUCAGCCAAGUUUGCGGUGUGUAGGCAAGCCAUCGAAAAGUAACGACCGAAAUAACGGCUGUUGUCGCAUAGCAAAUGCCAAUUGCGAAUUGCGAGUUGCAAACGCAAAUCAAAGUGUGCGCAGGCGAAUAAGAAACAAAGAAACGCAAUUAACAAACGUGAAGUAACAAUCCGGCAAAGCGAAUAAACCCGAUACCGAUUCCGAUCUGCAUCAGAAAAACCUUAGGCACCCAACAAAUAUACAUCUCUAAAUGCAUCAGCUAAGCAACAGUAUUCUUGCUCAACAAUAAAUAUACGAAAGCUCUGAACGCGUAAAUACAAGAAAUAUUUCCGUAGCCGUGAUUAUUUGUUGCAUUUGAAUAAGAACUUCGAAGAUACGGGCAGCAGUCAGAACGCAGCGAGCUUAAGCCAACAACGUAGUACGACUAGCAAAAGACACCACCAAUUUAAUUUUAUCUAGAGAAACAUACAAUACGCAUACGCAAGCAAAGUAGCCAAAAUAUCUAUAUGUUUAGUACGUGUAUCGCUCAUUUAUGAUUGAUAUACUCGCAUAGCAAAGUUAUAUUUACAAAUCCCACAACAUAAUCGCAAGUGAGCCCGCAAAGACAACAACUGCUGCGAUACAGACCGCCGAGUUCGGUCAGAUCCACAUACACUUUCAUCCAAACCGCGUUAAGACAAAGCCAGCAAAAUAGAUACCAUGGAAGACAAUAACACGAGCAGCAGUGCGGGCGGUGCGUCCAUCAAACACGAGGAUCCAUCGGUGACACUCACAAUAAGGCUGAUUAUGCAAGGAAAGGAGGUUGGUAGUAUUAUUGGUAAAAAGGGUGAAAUUGUCAACAGAUUUCGUGAAGAGUCUGGUGCCAAAAUCAACAUUUCGGAUGGCUCAUGCCCGGAACGUAUUGUGACUGUGUCUGGUACAACUAAUGCAAUCUUUUCGGCGUUCACGCUCAUUACAAAGAAGUUCGAAGAGUGGUGCUCGCAGUUCAAUGAUGUAGGCAAAGUUGGCAAAACUCAAAUACCCAUUCGAUUGAUUGUGCCCGCCAGUCAAUGUGGAUCGUUAAUUGGCAAGAGUGGUUCAAAGAUCAAGGAAAUUCGUCAGACCACGGGCUGCUCCAUCCAAGUGGCCAGUGAAAUGCUACCCAACUCCACAGAGCGGGCGGUUACCUUGAGCGGCAGUGCCGAGCAGAUCACCCAGUGCAUCUAUCAGAUAUGUCUUGUCAUGUUGGAGUCCCCGCCACGCGGUGCUACCAUCCCGUACCGACCAAAACCACAGGUUACUGGCCCCGUCAUCCUGGCCAAUGGACAGGCUUUCACCAUACAAGGAAACUACGCGGUGCCCACACAAGAGACCUGUCCAGUAUUUCCACUUGCCCUGGCUACCGGCGGCCUACAUGCUGGUAUCUCAGGCUUGGCGGAUCCUUUGUUAAAGGGGGCACAUUUACAAGGAGCGAUACCAGCACACCACCAUCACCUACAGCAAAUGCCCGAUGUGGCCAAGAACCCGCUGGCCAGUCUGGCCGCCUUGGGCCUGGCUGGGAUGAAUCCGGCCAGCACUGGGGGCAUCAACCACACAGGUGAGUUGAGCGCUUCUGCGGCCAGAUGCCAGACAGAUUUCCAAUCUAAUCUAGGCUCUGCCCCAGCAGCCUUGGCUGCACUGGCCGGGUCGCAACUGCGUACAGCGAAUCCCGCGAACCGAGCCCAGCAGCAGCAGCACGAGAUGACCGUCUCAAACGACCUGAUUGGCUGCAUCAUCGGCAAGGGUGGCACCAAGAUCGCCGAGAUUCGCCAAAUAUCCGGCGCCAUGAUCCGGAUCUCCAACUGCGAGGAGCGCGAGGGCGGCAAUACCGACCGCACCAUCACCAUCAGCGGCAAUCCGGACUCGGUGGCCCUGGCCCAAUACUUAAUCAAUAUGAGAAUAUCAAUGGAGACUGCUGGUCUGCCCAUACCUGGUUAUCACUACAUUGCGCCCAGUGCAAUUGUUAAAACACCCAUUCACUAAAUGCAACAAUCAACCGCAAGCUAAGCAACAGCCACAGCAUCAAUCCGAACCCGUAGGAGGACACCGGUGCAUCAGGAGCAGGAGCGGGAGUAGGAGCAGAAACAGGAGAGGAAGAAGGAGCAGCAGUAACAUGAACGUCAAAUGUUAAUUCAUAAGCAAUAUAACAGAAGCGGCAAAUGAAGGAGAUCUUAGCUCAUACAUUUGACACUGUCGGCAAUCACACAUUGAAUACAUUACUGAAUACACUCAUACCCACGGACACACUCACAGACAGACUCGAAGAGAAGCAUACAUACACGUUAUAUUUAUUCAUUGAUUCUUAUUAAUUAUGAUACUUUCAUUAAGUUUUAAAUGCAAGGGCAAACAAAUACAAGAACUUUUAUGUUAAACCGUUUUCAAGGGGCCCAGCGGAAAACGUGGGGCCACCCGAAGUAAGAACAGAACAGCAAUUAAUUGUAAGAUUAGUCAAAAUGAAGACAAAAUAAAAAGUAUAAGAAUCAAUUAACCACAUACAAUUAACAUACGAGAAAACAAACGAAAAGGCAGAACUUUCAGAAUGCAGUUAUUUGUAAGCUAAUCAAUCACUUGUGCACGAGCAUGACCAAAAAGGAGCGACAAACACGAGGAAACAAAAUGUUUGAGCACUAAAAGAACGGAUAUGAAUGAGACAUUGAACAGACAAGCAGCAAACAAACCAAGCAAGCAAAGACAGACAUACAGAAAGAAGAUGAUCACAGACACCACAUAAAUUUAAAUAUUUACUGCAAAUUGCAUCUAGCUUGAUGUUUGCGUUUGUUAGUUUGUUUAUAUGUAUACAUAUAUAUUAUAUAUAGACACGGCGAUGUAUUGAUAUGAUAAUUUUUAUUUUAUUAUUUCUAUUAUGGUAAUUGUUAUCGAAAUUGUAUUUGUGAUUUUUGAAUAUGUUUAGACUGAUGUGCAAAAUUGAUUCUGUUUAUUAAUUACAAGUAAACUACAUACAUAUAAACAAUUAUGGACUAAUUACUAGAUAUCUUUCUCCUUCGUUCUAUAUUCUAAUCAAAUUACUCAUUUAUUCAAAAUUAGACUUAAUUUGUUGGCAGCAACCAACUCGAUAAACGAACAUCUAUCUAACUAGCAAAGGGAUUUACAAUUGAAUUUCGUAUCAAAACGUUGUAGUUUCUUUUGAUUGGUUUCUAGUGAAAAUGCCUGCUAUUGGUGACCACAUUAAAUUUACAUACAAAUUAGCGAAAACAAUUCGAGUUACAAUAAUAUUUUUUAAGCACUUUUGCGGCGAUUAAAAAGACUUUCUGAAGCGUGGAAAAAACGAGAAAUGGAUUUAAAUAUUAUAUUACAAUUAUGCUUAAAUUAAAGUAUAAUUUAAAUUUAUUAGCUGUUAAAUUUAUAUGCAAAUCGAAACUUAAAAACAAAACAAAAAAGAACCACAACAAAAGAGAACAUCAAAAAUAAAUUGAUUUUCAAUGUUACAAUUAAAUUAAUUUUAUUCUAAUUUAGUUUAUAGGCUGGGCAGUUAAAACCAAAAAAAAAAAAAAAAAACACAAGAGUGGUAAUUACUUUAAGACACACUAAAACGUUUAGUUACUUAUACACACUAAUUCACAAUAAAGCCUCUGAAUAUGAGCUAAACGGUUUUGAAAGCCGAAGGUGAAAGCGAUAGAAUCAGUUUGCAAAUGGCGAAAUGUGUCAAAUUUUAUUAUACAUAUUAAUUAUUUAGUAAGAGGAAUUAUCAAAGCAUAAAAGAAAACAAAAAACAUAUCCACUGCAAACGAAAACCAAUCUAACCACAACUUAUUAUAUUAACCAACACAAAAUACAGAAAGAUGACAUUAUGAAACCGAACAAUGCAUACAUAUAUAGGCAAACAUAUCCCAGAGAACGCAAUGAAUGAAUCUUUAUAGAUGUCUAUGAUUUAUAAAUUUUCAAAAUUUUAUCGCGGUAUUUGUUUUGACGUGAGGAAUUGACUAAAAAACCACUCAAAAGUGUUUUUUUUUUACCCUGAACAACUUCACUUGUCAACCCUCGAAAUUGAACAUAAGUAAGUUUCAUCAGUCAUUCACAAUUUUACAUCUUCCGCUCACACAAGAAAGACAAACUUAUGAACAACAAAACUUGAUUACAGGAAAUUGUUAAUAGCGUAAAGUGUAAAAGUAUAAAUAAAUGAGCAUAUAAACCAAUUUAAACAAUAGGACGAGCCUAGCCCAAAGCUAGCAGUAGCUCCUCUUCUUGAAAAACCGAUGAACUAUUUGAGGAUCAAGUACCAGGCAGGCGGUGGAUAAAUGAUAUCAUACGAGUAUGGCGAAACUAUUUCGUGAUUUUAGUGACAAAUAUAUUUCGCUGACGACAAACAAUUUGAAGCAAUCAUUUUGAAAUCAAGAACUUAGGUUCCCAGCUUAAGGUGAACCGGAAGAAAAAAAGAAAGAGAAUAUUGAGAAACAGAAAUGGUAAAUCAGUCAAGAAACCGUAUUUCUAUAUAUAAAUAAAUGAUAUAUAUAUAUAUAAAUAUACAUAAAUUAAAUAUAUACUUAUUAUGUACACUUGUAUUUAAAUGUAUUUAAAUAUUUAGUAAAUUUUUUGCGCAAGUUACACAGAAAAAAAAACAACAAACAAAAACACUAAAAAAAGGUGAGGGCGGCUACGGAGAUAGACGGGUCAACAGUGGCUAACUGGGAUUAUUUGUAAAAUAAACUUAAUGAAAGGGAUAAUUAAUUUAUGUGUAUGUGUGUAUAAGAGGAGUAGCUCAAAAGAUUUCACAAACAAUUUUUACUAAAUAUGCGUGUAAUUAAUGUAAUUAUUAACGACAUUUUGUUGAUAACUUGUAAAUUUGCAAAGGAAAAAUACGUGUAAGAAAAGCAAUUUUAAUGGUGCCUUAAAAACCAACCAAGCAAAUUUCUUCUAGCCUGCCUUGCCUGCCCCCCCUCAGCGAACUCAGUACUCAACUGGAUGGCAUGUGAGUUUUCCACUCCUUUCUCCCACUCUUCUCGGUACUUCCCAGGAGCUCUAGCUCAUCCUUGAUCGAUCGGAUCAGAUCGGGUCAGAUCAAUUGGGAGAGCCCGCCGAUAUCGUGCGAUAUGCAAAGUCAAAACAAAAAAAACUUGUUACCGUUUCGACAUAAGAACUUAUCCCUUUUAGCGACACAUGGUGACCCACAAUUGCUCAAAGCUAUCCGAGUCUGUGCGCAGUUGCCCGUUACACAUCAAUCCGAAUGCGAAUUUGAGUCCGAGCUCCACUUGGAUUCGGUCGAGAAGCGAACUGAGCUUCAAGUGCACGUAGUGGAUACGAUUAGGACACUGAGGCCCAGGAGAAUAUUGACAACUAGCCCGAACAAAUGAUUACCCAGAACACAAGCAAACAAGAACAUAUUAUUAAACUUAUACAGCAAAUACAUAUACAGCAAAAACACACAUAUUAAUGUUUCUCUCAGUGUAAUUACAAAUCACUUGAAUGUAUUUGCUCACAUUUUUACAAUACAUGUCGAAGAACUCUACACAAUAAGCAACAAACGUAAAAGCAUUUAAGGCACUUGAUCGGUCGGUCGGUCGAAUGAAUGAAUGAUGGAUCGUUGGAUGGAUGCAAGGUCAUUGUUAAAGGAAACACAACUGUAGGAAAAGAGUCUAGGAGUAUGAAAAGCAGUAUAAAGGAAAACCAAUCCAAAAACAUAUUUAUAUACAAAUAUAAAGCAAAAAUGAAACUUAACAUUAAGGUAUUUUAGAUAUUCUUAUUUAAUAUCCAGAAAAAAGACAAGAAAUUAUACGAGCGAAGUUUUAAUUUAGGCGCAGAGUUAUGGAGAGAGAAAUGGGAGAUCGGGUCUAAGUAAUGAACAAAUAUACGUGUAUUUAACUAACUAAAUAUCGGUGUUAGAAUUGUUAAGGAACUCCGAUAGGAUCUGAGAGAGGAAGCUGGAACGCAAGGAACGGGGGAGUGUAUUAGGGUCUGCCCUACCAAUAAUUCCCGCAGAAGAAUGCUACCAAUCCUGUUAGUCGAUUCAGUUAAUUACAUACGAGAAUCCAUUUUAGUUGCCACAUUUUCGCGUAUGAGUCGCAUACACAAAGACAGAUGGGGAAAUAUAACUACGUGUAUUCCAAUUCAUCAAAGCAAUUGAAGAAUUAAUAGAACACCUAGGCAAGCAUAGCGCUACGGCCACUUGCCACUAGAAAUAUACGAAACAUCUAAGGUUUCUCAGCAUAACAAAGUGAAUCAAAGCAAAAGCAAAUAUCGUUCAUAAUAUCUUAUAGCCCUAUGUACGUAGAGUCACAACUUAACCACUGGACACGUCACAUGCAUGCAUACACAUAGACAGGGCCCCGUAGCUUCUUCAGACAAUAUCCAUAGGUAUUUGCCCGUAUCCCUGGUUACUGGGUAUAGGGUAUUCGGUAUUGGAAUCGGAUGGAAACACUUCAACUUCAGUGGGGGUUUUCAAUGAAAUAAGCAUAUGUUUAUAUAUAUGUGUGUGUUUGUAUAUGUGUAACUAUAAAGUUGAAGAUCUCUCAAUCCAAAAAUGGGAACCGAAAACCAAGAAGGUCACUGCAUUCCCUUGUUAAUCAGCAUGUGGAUUAUGAAGAGGGCAAACUAUUUGCCGCCACGUCGUACUCUCUCUUACUCUCACCUUUGGAGAAGACGAAAAGAAUGAAUAAGCAGCAUUAAAUUGAUAAAACUGAACAAUUGGGAUCAACUUAUAUUUUAAAUAUAAGAUUAAAUUGUAAACAAGAAAAACAAGAAACAAACCUAGGCAACCCCUUAAUUAAGCCCCGGAGUUUGUAGAAGUUACGUAAAUCUAGCACGUCAAAAACGUAGAGGAGAAUCACACAAUUUGUGCCAAAACAAUGAGGUAGAAGACGAAUAGACACCAACUUGAACUGGCCAAAAGCGCAACAGCAGCCACAAACGAAAACACAAAGUAAAUGUAAUUCUUUGCUUUUUUCGGGGAACAACACAGAGGAAUUAUACGAAUUUCAAUGGAUUCACAGUCGACAGAAACAGAAAGCUACUCGCAAAAGUAUUUAAAUGUUCACAUUUGCUCAAUGCAAAGCACUUAAAGGAGCUUAUUUAACAAAAACCAAACCAAAACCAAACGAAUACUAAUUCAUAUAGAUGUGCGUAAUCAUUUCCACAUAGUAAAUAACAUUCAAUCUGGCUGUACUCGCAGUUUUAUUGCUAGAAGGUGCCAAAGAUCCCAGAUGAACCAAAGCUAAGUUGGACGGCAGUUCAUUCCCCAUUGGUUUCGUUGCAUACUUUUAGGCGAAACUUUGAGGCGUUCAGACUUGCGUUGCACUUCGGUUAACCCUGAGAUUUUGUUGCUCUUCUGCAGACUCAAGACGAAGGGGCAAAAGGCAACACAUCGCACCUUAAGUAAAUUACCGAGGAAAUGGGUAAAUUAAAAGUAAACAAAGCAAAAACUAACUAGACAUAUUUACAAGUUGAAGAAAACUGCAAGGCAAUCAUAUAACUAGAGCUUCAAUAAUAAAAAAGGACAAAAGUCAUAACGGGGAGUAAUUAUGGCUAUGAACCCAGUUGAAAUGCCUAGAGAGUGUUUUGGAUGAAUAUAUAUUUGAGCAAUACUCACAAAUGAAUUAAGCUACUUGCGUUGUUAUUGUGGUUAAAGCAAAGUAAAAAAAAGGAGAAGGGUUAAAGAACAAAACCAAAAGUUAGUGCCAAUUUUUAGUGCAAAUUUUUGCGUAAUUGUUUUCAUUUCAACGUUAUUUAAGAUACUCCACAGUAAAAAAGAAGUAAAUGCAAACGAACAGUUGGUUUCAGAACCACCAAUUUUUGGGAGACUUUCAAAUCACAGACACCGCGGACCUAAAAAAGGACCGACCAGGACGUCGGACUAACGUAAGGCAAACGCAAACCCACACGUAGCACCAGCACCGCAUAGUUUUCGAUCUGAACCAAAGUGUGUAGUGUAGUGUAGAGGCUAACCAACCCACAUACGUUUAGAUACAUAACAUCGUCACCACUCCACUUUGCACCCAUAGGUUCCAGGGUACACUUGGCAGGCAUCAGCCGAACAGGAACUCUUGCGUUACAGUACACUCAAAACAAAACUAUGGAACAUACAUACAUACAUACAUAAGCCUGUAAGGAGAACCGAUGCAAUGUUAGAGCGGCUAUCUCAGAUAUAGAUUAAAAUUAAGCCAUAAGUGAAAUGAAUAUUGUUUAUCUGUGUACAACAAUAAUAUUUAAAUAAUUCUUAAAUGUGUAUUAUGACUCUAAAGAGAACAAGCCAAACCGAACCACACUCAACUGAACCCAUUGACACACGGCUAUAUCGAAAGGGACCUGGGGCAGAUUCGAUCAGAGUCGAAACCCCACGAUCAGUGACGGAUUGGUUUGAUUUCAGACCCGGACAGCCCUAUAGACGAUGCUCUUCACAUGUUAUCCACAGGCCCGAACACACAGAACUUAAUCACAGUAUAAAAUUCUUAAAUAAUGGCGAAAUGUACAAGAAAAUAUAGCGAGCGGAAUAGCGAGUUAAAAUAAACAAAGCAAAGUAAUGUGAAACAAAACUCGAAAAGCAAACAUUAUUUACAACAUAUUUACAAUUCUAUAAAUUAUAUUUAAAAGUAUUUACAUAUAUACCAAGAACAAACUCAAUGUGUAAGUACGUGCGACCCCACAAAGAGUGCAAACGAACCCAAAGAGAACACGGUCUCACACACACACACACACACAUCAACACCACAUCUACACCACUCACGCAUACGCAGGCAUCGCCAUCAGGGUGUAACGGUACAGGACGAGCGAGCAGGAGAGCGGCACUCUGGGACUGCCUUCUCUGAUUACUCCGACACUCAGAUACCCUAGAAAAAGCAUUAGACACACAGAUGUGCAAUACGACAGACUCGAACACACAGUCACACGCAAAGUUAAGUGCAUUAUAAUUGAAUUUAUAGAGCUAAACGAAGCUACUAAGUGGAAUUAUUUAAACUGAUUAACUGAUUAUGAUUAUUAUUAACGAUGCAUACGCAUUUACUCACAACUCAUAUACACACCUAUAUAUAAAUAUAUAUAUAUAUCUAUAUACAUGGCAUAUAUCGCUGAAGAAUAUUUUCGUUGAUCAAACAAUCCAUAUAAGCAAAUAAAUUAUAAGUUAUCAUAUACCACAUCAUAUCGAACACAAACAUUACUGCAAGUUUACCCAACCAAAAGAAAUUGUAGGAAAUCAAGAUCGAUUUUUGAAAGCUACGUAAAUGUGUUGCGUUCUUUGAAUAAAUGUUUUUGAGUCAAAUUUUUACUUCGAAAACAAAUAAAGUCUUAAAAAGUAACAUAAUUAAUAGAAAGCAAGACACACAGGCAUAAACAUAAGAACGUUAAGCUAGAUACAUUCUUACAGAGUAUCUGUGUAAAAAUCGUGCAGUAUUGCAGAAAAAUUGAUCAUAAAAAUGUACCACUUGUCUAAGGAAAAAGCAAGAUAUAAAGAACAGAAACAAAAAAAGAAUUUAACACAAUUUUUGAAUUCAUUAAAUAAAGGUAUGUGUUUAGAUAUAUUCAAAACAAACCA